GGAGUGACAGAUGUCCUGUGUGAAGCUUGUGACCAGUUAGGAUGGAAAACACCAACAAAGAUCCAAGUUGAGGCUAUUCCGGUGGCUCUCCAAGGCAGAGAUAUCAUUGGACUGGCAGAAACUGGCUCUGGAAAAACAGGAGCCUUUGCUUUGCCGAUUCUUCAAGCAUUGCUGGAAACGCCUCAGCGAUUAUUUGCUCUUGUCCUCACACCAACAAGGGAGCUGGCCUUCCAAAUCUCAGAGCAGUUUGAAGCUCUUGGAUCUUCCAUCGGUGUCCACAGUACUGUUAUUGUGGGUGGAAUUGACACAAUGUCUCAAUCUCUGGCGUUAGCCAAGAAACCACAUGUUAUUAUUGCAACCCCUGGCCGUCUAGUUGAUCAUCUGGAGAACACAAAAGGCUUCAACUUACGAGCUCUGAAGUUCCUAGUGAUGGAUGAGGCUGACCGUAUCCUUAACAUGGAUUUUGAGACAGAGGUGGAUAAGAUACUAAAAGUGAUUCCUCGAGACAGGAAGACAUUCCUGUUUUCUGCUACCAUGACUAAGAAGGUUCAAAAACUCCAGCGUGCUGCUCUGAAGAAUCCUGUUAAAUGUGCUGUUUCUUCCAAAUAUCAGACAGUUGAAAAACUACAGCAGUACUACAUUUUCAUCCCCUCAAAAUUCAAGGACAGCUACUUGGUCUAUAUCUUGAAUGAACUAGCUGGAAACUCUUCCAUGAUAUUCUGUAGUACGUGUAACAACACUCAGAGGACUGCUCUACUGCUCCGCAACCUGGGAUUCACUGCUAUUCCUCUCCAUGGGCAGAUGAGCCAGAAUAAACGCUUGGGCUCUCUAAACAAGUUCAAGGCAAAGGCACGUUCUAUUCUGCUGGCUACUGAUGUUGCAAGCAGAGGUCUGGACAUCCCGCAUGUAGAUGUGGUGAUAAACUUCGAUAUUCCUACGCACUCUAAGGAUUACAUUCAUCGUGUUGGGAGAACAGCUCGAGCUGGGAGAUCUGGCAAAUCUAUCACCUUUGUCACACAGUACGAUGUAGAGCUGUUCCAGCGCAUUGAACAUCUGAUUGGCAAGAAGCUGCCAGCAUUCCCCAUGCAGGAGGAGGAAGUUAUGUUGCUGACAGAGCGUGUGGCUGAGGCCCAGAGACUUGCUCGAAUGGAGCUGCGGGAGCAGGGAGAGAAGAAACGAUCUCGGAAUGAUGAUGAUGAUGACACAGAAGAAGCUAUUGGUGUCAGGAAUAAGGUAGUGGGUGGGAAAAAGAAGAAAAGGAAAGCCUUCUAG